AGUACGAUCGCCGUUUAGUUUGGCUGACGUGAGGCGCACCGCAGAGCCGGAAACCAAAAAACCCCAAUCGCUGGGACGUUUGCGCGCGAUUAAGGCUUCUCGACGUCGUCGUCGCCGCCGAUUUCCAAACGGGGUGGUCGCAGUGUUUGUAUUCGGUAUCGUCUCCUUGACGUAGGGAUGUCGGUGAAAACGUCCCGAGACCCGGGGCAGAGGGCCCACCUCGAAAAGUUCAAGUUCACGCGGUACCAGUCGAUGGACAUGGCCAGUCCUCCUACCCCCACCACGCCGGUCAGUCCGGAUGAUUACGAAAUUCAGAUAGCCACGGUCGAAGACAAGGACGACAUACUAAAUUUCUUGCAGACCUUCUUCUUCAAAGACGAGCCCCUCAACAAAUAUUUAGGCCUAAUCAGCGAAGAGAGGCCCAGAUGCUACGACCUGGAAGAUUUCGCGUUAAAGGACAUCGACAAAGAGGUCACCCUAAAGGCAGUGCACAACGGCCGCAUAAUCGGCGUGUGUCUCAAUGGGAUAUUGGAGAAGGGUUACAUCGACGAAGAAGAAGACGAGGUCAAGGAUGAGAAAUUCCGCAAGAUCGCCAAACUGUUGGGACGCGUCGCUGUCGAGUCGGAUGUUUUCUCGAAAUUCCCCGACGCGAAGAGGGCGAUCACAACCAAAAUCAUUUCCGUCAAUGGGACCUACAGAGGGCAGGGCAUCGCCAGGGAGCUGAUGAACAAAACUAGGGAACUGGCGAAAAAUUUGGGAUGCGGCUUCAUGACAGUAGAUUGCACGAGCCACUUUACAGCGCUCGCGCUUAAAAAGUUGGGCUUCGAGUUAGUUUACACGUUGAAAUACGCUGAUUAUGUGGACAAUGGCGAGGUGGUGUUCGAGCCCGAGCCCCCGCACGAUGCCGUCACAGUCUACGUUCAGAGAAUAACGGUUUAGGUGAUCGCGCCGAGUCCAGUUGCGCAGAGAACGAACUAUUACCAUUUCGGAUGCGCACGUUUUUCUUUACGCGAGUAGCUAUACAUAACCGUUUAGUUUUCAAUGUUUCAAUUUUCCGCUUUUCUCGUCGAUAUUACUGCGGUCUAGCGUGUUAUGUAACAAUAUUACUGGUUGCUUAGUUCGCUCUGCGGUCUAUAAUGUUGUCCGUUUUUAAAGCGGCCGUAAAAGCGAGUCUGUGACUUUAUAAAACUUUAUAAACCAACACCCAACACAAACAAAUGAAUUUUAAAUAAGUUGGAUAUGUCCCUGAUUCUAGUUUAUGCUAGAAGUUUCCAACUAUCAACAGCGUAAAAGAAAAACAAAUCACAUAAUGCAAAAUCACCAAAAGGAUACGAUAAAAACGCUGGAAAUGUAAAAAAUCAAAAAUCUUAAGGCAAUAUGAAUAAAUUCUAGAAUCGGGUACUUGAAAAUUUUUAUGAUAUCCUUUGAAUAUAUUGUCUUUGAUUGUUUAGUUAACGAAUAUUAAAGACAAUCAUUGCUUGAUAUAUAAAAGCGUUGUGACUGCAACGCUAUCGUUUGAUGUGGCGUCAUAUGGCGUAGUAAACUAUAUAGUAGUGAAACGGCCUACCAAAAUCUAUCGUUUAUUUUUGAUAAAUGUUUCUAUUAAUUAUUAAGUGUAUACUAGGUAUAUUUUAUUGUUCAUAAUUAGCCCUAUAAAUAAGCGGAAAAGAACAGGAUUUUAAUUUAUUGUUAAUAAAACAUCCAAAUAUAUUUUUAUUAAACAAUUUUUAUAGGUUUUUGCUAUUUGUAUUAUUGGAAAUAAACUGUUAUUAUAAACGUCA